AUGCCUGCCUCGUCCAACUUUCCAAUAUCCUCUUCACAUGAAAAACAGUCUUCGAUAACGGCCAAGAAAGUAAGCACGGCCGCAAUUGAAGUCUCUACUUGCCAAGUAGAUCCGUCAAUUGAGAAAUCUCUGCUUAGGAAGCUUGAUCUCCAUGUUGUUCUUCCACUCAUGAUCUUGUUUGUUCUCGCUUUUCUCGACAGGGUCAAUAUUGGUAAUGCAAAGAUACAAGGGAUGACCCAGGAGUUAAAGAUGGUGGGGAAUGAUUUUAACGUUGCUCUCAUGAUUUUCUUCCCGUCCUACAUCUUCUUUGAAUUUCCCUCCAAUCUCAUCCUUCGUCGUCUCCCACCAUCACUUUGGUUGACUAUUAUAAUGACCCUUUGGGGAAUUAUAACAGUUUGCCAAGGUCUAGUGCGUAGUCAGAGUGCAUUGGUUGGUCUGCGGUUUCUUCUCGGACUUUUUGAGGCUGGCUUCUCUCCUGGCGCUGUCUACCUGAUUUCCAUGUACUACAAACGUUAUGAAUUACAGUGGCGCCUCAGUCUUUUCUUUGCGGCCUCGAUUCUUUCUGGGGCCUUUGGAGGUCUCUUUGCUUAUGCUCUAGCUCAUAUGGACGGCAUUGGGGGCUAUAGUGGCUGGCGCUGGAUCUUCAUAAUCGAAGGGCUUCUCACCAUUGUUGUUGCUCUCUCCUUCAAAUUUCUGGGCAUCCUAGUCGAUUGGCCUGAAACUGCAUCUUUCCUCACAUCAUCCGAACGAGAAACCUUAAUCCGACGAUUAAAAGAUGACAUGGGAGAAGAUACUCAGCUUAACACGCUGAAUAAAAAAUCGUUGAAGAGGAUCUUGGGUGAUUGGAAAAUUUAUGUAGGAAUAUUCAUGUACAUGGGAGUUGUAAAUACUGGUUAUGCUACUAGUUUUUUCAUUCCGACAAUCAUUCAGGAAAUGGGAUAUACAGCGAUUGGUAGUCAGUGUCUUGUGAUAGCGUAUUUGACCGAUCGUCUUCAGCAUCGCUUCGGCUUCACGAUGGCUGGAGUCGCGGUUGGUAUCAUUGGCUAUGCGAUCCUUCUUUGCCAGUCGCAUGUCUCGACCGGUGUUAAAUAUAUGGCUUGUUUCUUCAUAACUACAGGCGGGUAUAUGACGCAACCAGUCACUUGGGCGUGGGUUGCUAACAAUAUGGCAGGCCACUAUAAACGUUCCAUUUCCACCGCCCUUCAAAUAGGCGUGGGAAACAUCGGCGGUAUUGUCGCAUCAAAUAUCUUUAUAACAAAUCAAGCGCCAAAAUACCCUGUGGGAUAUGGGGUUUCUCUGGGAAUGUUGGUUAUGUGUGGAAUUAUGUGUACGGUUUUCUUCUUCGGAUUGAAGAGAGAAAAUGGAAUUAGAGAUCGAGGAGGGAGAGAUUAUAGGUAUAGGGAAGAUGGGGAGAGGAGGAGGAAAAAUAUAGAAGAGGGAAAGGAAGAAGAGGGGAAUUGGGGGGAUGAUUGGCCUGGGUUUAGGUUUGUUCUGUAG